AUGAGUAGUAUUGGUAGUAGAUUAGCAAGAACAACAAGAACGAAAAAUGUUCUAAAUUAUAAAGAAAAAGAGGAAUAUGACCUAAAACCAGAUAUUAUUCCAUCUGAUGAUGAAGAUGAAAGUUUAACAACAGUUAUACAGGAGAACUCUGUAGCACCUAUCUGGUUACAGGAUGAUAUUAAGGAAAGUUCCGAUGUCGAACUAGAUUCUGAUAAUGAUGAACAAAAUAAUGACGAUGAACAAAUCAAUACUUUGAUUGAUGGUAAUCAUGAAGAAGAUAAUAAAGAAGUAGAGUCCUUGAAGGAUCUUGAUGAAGAGGAUUCUCGUAUAGUUAGAGAAAAAUUAAAGAAGUUGGAUGAGUUUGUCAAUCAAAGUAAAGUUUAUUCUGGUAUUAUUGCAGAUACUUUAUUAAAGAGAAGUACUGAACUUGUUGAGGAAAAAGAAGAAGAAAAGAAUGAGAAGAAACAAAAGCAAAGAAAGGAUGAUAAAGAAUCUGACUUACCAGUAACUAAGAAGCAAAAACAAAACAAAAAAAAGAGAUCUAUUGUUGAUUUUUUCAAACCCGUUAAGAAAACAGAAGAUAAACCAAAGAUCGACGAACAAAAUGAAAAAAGCUCUAAUCCAGAAAGCUCUGAAGCUGAUGUUGAUGCAGGAAUAAAAGAAGAACAGCCUUCAUUGUUGGAAAAUUGUAUUUUGAAACCAUAUCAGAUGGAAGGUUUGAGUUGGUUAAUUACUUUAUACGAAAAUGGUCUGAAUGGGAUCUUAGCAGAUGAAAUGGGUUUGGGUAAGACGCUCCAAAGUAUUGCUUUAUUGGCAUUUGUAUAUGAAAUGGAUACAAAGGGACCGUUCUUAAUUGCUGCUCCUCUGAGCACGGUUGAUAAUUGGAUGAAUGAAUUCGAGAAAUUUGCACCAUCUUUACCAGUUUUAAAAUAUUAUCAUCAAGCUGGAUUUCAAGAGCGUUCCAAGUUGUUAAGUAAAUUCUUUAAAAAAACAAAAGGAACAGGGAUUGUUGUAACAUCCUAUGAAAUAAUUAUGAGGGAUGCUGAUUAUAUAAUGUCUCAAGAAUGGAAAUUCUUAAUAGUAGAUGAAGGUCAUCGUUUGAAAAAUAUUAAUUCAAAAUUAAUCAGAGAAUUGAAAAGAAUAAAUACUAAUAAUAGACUGCUACUGACUGGAACACCAUUACAAAACAAUUUAGCAGAGCUUUGGUCAUUAUUGAAUUUUAUAAUGCCUGAUAUAUUUUCAGAUUUUGAGAUGUUUAAUAAAUGGUUUGAUUUUAAAAACUUAGACUUACAAAGUAAUUCUCAAAGUCUAAACAAAGUAAUUAAUGAUGAAUUAGAAAAAAAUUUAAUUACAAAUUUACAUACAAUCUUAAAGCCUUUUUUGCUAAGAAGAUUGAAAAAGAAUGUGCUGGUUGGUCUUCUACCACCGAAAAGAGAAUAUAUUGUUAACUGUCCAAUGACACCAAUUCAAAAGAAGUUUUAUACCAAAGCCUUGAAUAGUAAGUUAAAAUUAACUAUUUUUAAGGAACUUGUCAAAGAAUUUUUUACAAUUAACCAGGAAUAUAUCGGUCGCGUCUCAAACAAAUCCAUUAGAGAAUAUAUUGAUUAUAAAUUGAACACUGAGAAUGGUAAUAAGAUAGAAGAUAACGAAUAUCCUAAUAAUAUUAUAAAGGAUAUGGACAAACUUUAUAAAGAACACUUGCAUGGUGAAUUGAUAAAUAAAAGGUUACAAAACAUGAUGAUGCAAUUGAGACAAAUAGUAGAUUCCACAUAUCUUUUCUAUUUCCCAUAUUUACAUCCCGAGGAAUUGACAUUAGAUGAUCUUUUGAAAACAUCAGGUAAACUACAGACUCUUCAAAAAUUGGUAAUCCCUUUGAUAAAAAAAGGACACAAAAUAUUAAUUUUUUCUCAAUUAGUCAAAAUGCUUGACCUCUUAGAGGAUUGGUGUGAUUUAAAUUCUUUGAAAUGUCUCAGAAUUGAUGGUUCCGUUGAUAACGAAACGAGAAAGGAAGGUAUUAAACAAUUCAAUACUGAAGGUGAUGAUCAUCAAGUCUACUUAUUGUCUACUAGAGCAGCAGGUUUGGGUAUUAACUUGACAGCUGCAGACACUGUUGUUCUAUUUGAUAGUGAUUGGAACCCACAAGUUGAUCUACAAGCAAUGGACCGUUGUCAUAGAAUAGGUCAGGAUAAACCUGUCAUUAUAUAUAGAUUUUGUUGCGAUAAUACUAUUGAACAUGUUAUUCUUACAAGAGCAUCAAAUAAAAGAAAACUGGAAAGAAUGGUUAUUCAAAUGGGCCGUUUUAACACAUUGAAGAAGUUGGCAUUUAAUGAGGGCUCGUUUUUGAAUCAGCAUACUGGUGCAAAUAGGUCAACAAACAAGGAACUUGUUAAAGAAUUAUCACUUUUGUUGAUGGCUGGAGAAUCAAGUAUUGGUUUUACAAAAGGUUCUGAAGAUGAUGGUCAAAUAUUAAGUGUAGCAGAAAUUAAAGAACUUACUGAUAGAUCUGAUGCAGCAUAUAAGGAAAACAGAGUCGUUGACUUACCACAUGCAAGACUUUUUGAAACAGUUUCCGGGUUUUAA